AUGGAGUUCACCGCGCCGGCAGCACCCCGGGGCGGCCCGGCCCGGCCCCCCGUACCCAGCCUCGGCGGAGCGGGGCCGCGCCGGGCCAUGGCGGAGCUUGGCUGGCCCCGUGCCGCCCGUGGGGGACGCGCCGGGGCGGGCGGGCGCGCCCUACCCGGACCAGAGGCAGAGGGGCCGCGGGGAAGCCGCGCUGUGCCGGGGUCGCCGGAGCGCCGCCGCUGCCUGUACCUGCACACGGGCCGGGCCUGCUGCCAGGUGGUGGAGGUCCUGCUCGCCGCCCUGAUCCUGGUCUGCAGCUCCGUGUCCUGUGGCUCGGCGGGAGGAUACACCGGCCUCCCCGCCCUGGGGGGCAUCUACUACUACCAGUACGGCGGGGCCUACAGCGGCUUCAGCGGAGCGGAUGGGGAGCGAGCCCAGCAGCUCGACCAACAUUUCUACCUACUGAAGCUGCCCACUGCAAGGGCAGCGAUGGCCGUGGGAGGGUGUCUCCUGGUCUUCCCUUGUGUUCUUAUUUUGGUUGGCGUUCUGCGGGUCUCGUGGCACUUCCCAGCAUGGCUGCUAAUUGAAUGUGCCCUGUACAUAGUGACUGCAGUUGGCACAGUGCCUGCACUGUACUUUUUCCUCCAUUCUCUGCUGAGCGUUUAUAAUUCACCAGUGUGCAAAGAGAGAGAGCAGCUCUAUCAAAGCAAAGGCUAUCAGGGCUUCUGGUGCAGCCUGCAUGGGGCAGAGAUUGCUGCUGGCCUCUUGGGUUGCAUGGCUGCUAUGGCGUACCUGCUCAGUGCAGGCCUAGCUGUCAGAGAUUACAGGACAGUUCAUGAACAGAAACAGAAGCCAGUGCACCUAUAGGAACUUCCAAAUGAUUCCUCUACUCCAGUAAUGGUCUUGAUUUUUGCCAGUCUCCUUACUGAGAUGAAGUAGUAUGCUUUCCUUUCUUCUGGACAGUGCAGCCUUAAUGCUACAGAACGCUCACCAAGUUGGCAUAGAUGUAAAUAUGGUAGAGUCAGGCCAUUCCUAACUUGAAUUUGCAUUAUUGAAUUAUUAGUGGCUCAAAGUUGAUGCAAUGGGUUGUCUCCUUCACAGGCAGCCCUUCCAUCCCACUCUCAGGUGUCCACUUCUCCAGUGAGGCCUUGCUACAAGUACUGCUACUACAUGCUUCUGCCAAUGAACAGCUUUUUGUAGCUGAAACUGUGUUUACAAAAGGCAUAUGACUUUGCUGAGAAAAGAGCUCUUAAAAACAAGUGAUCGAGGCCCAUGGUUGUGACAGAUAAAUAUUGCUUCCUGGUAGGUCUCUUGGAAUUAACAGACCAGUGUGAACAUGACAUUUAUAAGGCCAUGAAAAAAUCCUGAAAAACCUUGCAAACUCAGUCUAACUUGUGGUACAGUGACUUUUUAAACUCCUGGAGAGGGCACAUUUGAAAUAUGAAAUGAUCUUUUUAUAUAACAUAUAUACAAGAGUUUUGCUUAGAAAGAUGCCCUGAAUUGGAAAAAUCAGACAAAAACUUCAUGAGAUCAAAUGGGUGAUUGAAUAUAGAAGUAUAUUGUUUUCGAAACACAUUUUCAAUGUACAAGUUGGAGAAAUACUUUUUUUAAAAAAAAAAACCAAAACUUUUAUAGGAAAUUUAACUGGGAAAAGUAGCACUAGAAUCACCAACUCAUGCGCCAAAAUGAAAUACCACUUCAGAGCAGUGUCCAUUAUGUGCAUUGUUCAUAUGGUGAUGGAACCACCACAGUCUCACGAAUGAGUUCUGUCCAUAUUACAAAAACUAAACAUAACAGAAACAUGCUUUGCCUUGGACAUAGCUCUUCUUUCACUGGCAUCAGUGACUAAAUCCUCAAAAUUACCAAAACCAUGGAACACUAUCAGAACUAGAGACAUUCAAGUAAAACAGAUGCCAAAUAGGAACACACUAGGUGCUUUGGGGUUUGUUUGAUUUCUCUUGCUUUUUAGUAUCGAGUGUCUCAGCACAGGGAUUUACAUGGACAGUCCAUUGUGGUCCUGUUUCUGUUAACAUUUCUGUAUUUCCCCUUGCUGCAACUACUUCUAGAACUAUAGAGAGCAAGUUCAUAGGGCAGAAUUCCUCUAGCAGGAAACAGAAAUCUGGCUUAAUUGGUAAGCCUAAUUCUACCCUCACAGUGUUCUGAAAGAAGUUUUUAUAUGAAAGGCUGAUGAGUGAAGUAGCACAUAGAGCUCAGUG